GGCCUCAACUCUCGUUGCGCGCCUGGCCUGGUGCGUAGUGUAGACACGGCCCGGAAGUGAGUUCCGGGUCCGCGUAGACGCGGCGGCCGCGCGGGUUCCGGGCCCCACCCUGGAACCAACGACGGCCCUCGUGGAAAACCUGACUCAGGCGGAGCCCCUGCCUGGCGGGGAGCCUCGCCCCCCUUUUCCACCCCCGCAUCGAUAUCCCCCGUAGUUCCUACCCCACCCCACCAGCGGGACAGGGACCCCCGAGUCCGAGCCCCGAGGGAGGCGGGGUCGGCUGGGGAGUCCCCCGCUCCUGAGGCUCGCGGAGGGGGCGGUGCGGGGGGCGGGCCUGCCCGCCCCUCCCUCGCUGACGCCGCCGCCGCCGCCGCCGCGACGUCCCGGACGGAGAGAACGGGCAGCGAAGCAGGGCGCGAGGCCGGCCUGGCAGGAUGCGCUACCGGGCGUCGGCCCUGGGCAGUGACGGGGUACGGGUAACCAUGGAGAGUGCACUGACCGCCCGGGACCGGGUGGGGGUCCAGGAUUUCGUGCUUCUGGAGAACUUCACCAGUGAGGCAGCCUUCAUUGAGAACCUCCGGCGACGGUUCCGGGAGAACCUCAUUUAUACCUAUAUUGGCCCCGUCCUGGUCUCCGUCAACCCCUACCGGGACCUACAGAUCUACAGCCGGCAGCACAUGGAGCGUUACCGGGGUGUCAGCUUCUAUGAGGUGCCACCCCACCUGUUCGCAGUGGCUGACACCGUGUACCGGGCACUGCGCACAGAGCGCCGGGACCAGGCAGUGAUGAUCUCUGGGGAGAGCGGGGCAGGCAAGACAGAGGCCACCAAGCGGCUGCUACAGUUCUAUGCUGAGACCUGCCCAGCCCCAGAGAGGGGGGGUGCCGUGCGCGACCGGCUGCUGCAGAGCAACCCGGUGCUGGAGGCCUUUGGAAAUGCCAAGACCCUCCGGAACGAUAACUCCAGCAGGUUUGGGAAGUACAUGGAUGUGCAGUUUGACUUCAAGGGUGCGCCUGUGGGCGGCCACAUCCUCAGUUACCUGCUGGAGAAGUCCCGGGUGGUGCACCAGAACCACGGGGAGAGGAACUUCCACGUCUUCUACCAGCUGCUGGAAGGCGGCGAGGAGGAGCUGCUGCGCAGGCUGGGCCUGGAACGGAACCCGCAGAGCUACCUGUACCUGGUGAAGGGCCAGUGCGCCAAAGUCUCCUCCAUCAACGACAAGAGUGACUGGAAGGUGGUCAGGAAGGCUCUGACAGUCAUCGACUUCACUGAGGACGAAGUUGAGGACCUGCUCAGUAUCGUGGCCAGCGUCCUGCAUUUGGGCAACAUCCACUUCGCUGCCGACGAGGAGAGCAAUGCCCAGGUCACCACCGAGAAUCAGCUCAAGUAUCUGACCAGGCUGCUGGGCGUGGAAGGCUCCACACUGCGGGAAGCCCUGACACACAGGAAGAUUAUCGCCAAGGGAGAAGAGCUCCUGAGCCCGCUGAACCUGGAGCAGGCUGCGUACGCGCGAGAUGCUCUUGCCAAGGCCGUAUACAGUCGCACUUUCACCUGGCUGGUCAGGAAGAUCAACAGGUCGCUGGCCUCCAAGGAUGCUGAGAGCCCCAGCUGGCGAAGCACCACAGUCCUUGGGCUCCUGGACAUUUAUGGCUUUGAAGUGUUUCAGCACAAUAGCUUUGAGCAGUUCUGCAUCAAUUACUGCAACGAGAAGCUGCAGCAGCUCUUCAUCGAGCUCACCCUCCAGUCGGAACAGGAGGAGUACGAGGCCGAGGGCAUCGCGUGGGAGCCUGUCCAGUAUUUCAACAAUAAGAUCAUCUGUGACCUGGUGGAGGAGAAGUUCAAGGGCAUCAUCUCCAUUUUGGAUGAGGAAUGUCUGCGCCCUGGGGAGGCCACGGAUCUGACCUUCCUGGAGAAGUUGGAGGACACAAUCAAGCACCAUCCGCACUUCCUGACGCACAAGCUGGCUGACCAGCGGACCAGGAAAUCUCUGGACCGUGGGGAGUUCCGCCUUCUGCACUACGCUGGAGAGGUGACCUACAGUGUGACUGGGUUUCUGGAUAAAAAUAAUGACCUUCUGUUCCGGAACCUGAAGGAGACCAUGUGCAGCUCGGAAAAUCCCAUCAUGAGCCAGUGCUUCGAUCGGAGUGAACUCAGUGACAAGAAGCGGCCAGAGACGGUUGCCACUCAGUUCAAGAUGAGCCUCCUGCAGCUGGUGGAGAUCCUCAAGUCCAAGGAGCCCGCCUACGUCCGCUGCAUCAAGCCCAACGACGCCAAACAGCCCGGCCGCUUUGACGAAGUGCUGAUCCGGCACCAGGUGAAGUACCUGGGGUUGAUGGAGAACCUGCGCGUGCGCAGAGCCGGCUUUGCCUAUCGCCGCAAAUACGAAGCUUUCCUGCAGAGAUACAAGUCACUGUGCCCAGAGACAUGGCCCACAUGGGCAGGACGGCCCCAGGACGGGGUGGCUGUGUUGGUCAGGCACCUGGGCUACAAGCCAGAAGAGUACAAGAUGGGCAGGACCAAGAUCUUCAUCCGCUUCCCCAAGACCCUGUUUGCCACAGAGGAUGCCCUGGAGGUCCGGCGGCAGAGCCUGGCCACGAAAAUCCAGGCCGCCUGGAGGGGCUUCCACUGGCGGCAGAAAUUUCUGCGGGUGAAGCGAUCAGCCAUCUGCAUCCAGUCGUGGUGGCGGGGAACCCUGGGCCGGAGGAAGGCAGCCAAGAGAAAGUGGGCCGCGCAGACCAUCCGGCGGCUCAUCCGCGGAUUCAUCCUGCGCCAUGCACCCCGUUGCCCUGAGAAUGCCUUCUUCCUGGACCACGUGCGCACCUCUUUUUUGCUCAACCUGAGGCGGCAUCUGCCCCGGAAUGUCUUGGACACUUCCUGGCCUACACCACCGCCUGCCCUGCGUGAGGCCUCGGAGCUUCUGCGGGAGCUGUGCAGGAAGAACAUGGUGUGGAAGUACUGCCGCAGCAUCAGCCCCGAGUGGAAGCAGCAGCUGGAGCAAAAAGCUGUGGCUAGUGAGAUCUUCAGGGGCAAGAAGGACAAUUACCCUCAGAGUGUCCCCAGGCUCUUCAUCAGCACACGGCUUGGUGCAGAUGAGAUCAGCCCCAAAGUGCUGCAAGCCCUCGGCUCUGAGCCCAUCCAGUAUGCCGUGCCCGUAGUGAAAUAUGACCGCAAGGGCUACAAAGCCCGCUCCCGGCAGCUGCUGCUGACGCCCAGCGCCGUGGUCAUCGUUGAGGACGCCAAAGUCAAGCAGAGGAUCGACUACGCCAACCUGACCGGGAUCUCUGUCAGCAGCCUGAGCGACAGCCUCUUCGUGCUGCAUGUGCAGCGGGAGGACAACAAGCAGAAGGGGGACGUGGUGCUGCAGAGUGACCACGUGAUUGAGACAUUGACCAAGACCGCCCUCAGCGCGGACCUCGUGAACAACAUCAACAUCAACCAGGGCAGCAUCACGUUCGCGGGGGGCCCUGGCAGGGAUGGCAUUAUCGACUUCACACCUGGCUCAGAACUGCUCAUCACCAAGGCCAAGAAUGGGCACCUGGCUGUGGUGGCCCCACGGCUGAACUCUCGGUGAUGAAGGUGCCCACUGGACCCCCUCCCACCUCCCAAUGCUUUGCUUCUCCCCCCUCCCCUUCCCACUUACCAAAGACUCGAGCUUCUAGACAGGGACCCAGGGACACCUCGAAGCCCACCGACAAAUUCCUGCCUUUUGCUCACCCCUCUCGAGGGAGCAGCGGGAGCCAGGGAGCUGCCCCAGAUGGGGGCCAGGCCGGGCCACAGCAAUAGGAAAGCCGGGGCCAGAGGCAGCCAUGCCAGCCCCACUGCCAAUGCCAAAUAUUCGAGAGAAGGGAACUUUUGCUGAGGUUUUCUCUGAGAUUUUUUGAUGCUUUAUAAGAAACUAUUUUUUAAAAAAGCCAUUUUCCCACCCCAAGACACACUGGAUGUGUUUUCCCUGACUCUAGCGGGGCAGGGAAUGUAGCUGAGAGGUUGGGCGGUCUGGGCCCUGGUGCCCUCUUUCCUGCCCAGGCCACCCUCUCCUCCUCAUUCCCUGAGCACCUUUCUGUCUGUCUGCCUGUCCGCCCACCUGUACCACUCCGACAUCCCCCUGGGGGCUGAGACCACCUUUGCCUGCCCCCCUCCUCCUGCCUUAAAAAUACCCUUUCAAAAUCAUCAUCCCAGCCUGAGGAUGUCCUGGAGUGGGGGAAGGAGUUUUAGACCACAGAAUUUGCAAGACGCAGAGAUCAUCCAGUCAGCUUCCUGGUGUGACAGAACAGGAGACAGAGGCCCACGAGGAGAAGGGACUUGCCCUUCGUCUAGCAGGUUGGGGCAAAACCAGGGACUGCAGCCCUGUCUUCAGCACACCUCACUGCCUCUCCCAGGGACAGGCUCAUGUCUUAAGGGUGCAUGUGGCUCCCUAACCAGCAGUCACCCUUGGGGGCCAACAGGUGGGAGAAGCACUCCUGCCUGAGUCUACGCCUUAGGAUGACAAACACUUUGUCUAUACACUUUGGCCCCAAUUCAAGGUAUUAGGGCCAUUCCUGGUUUCUGACCCCCUCCCUGUGCUGGGAGCCCGGGGAGGAGGCUGGCCUUGGGAGGAGCUAUGGAGGCAUCACCUCUUUUUGCUGCUUCCCCCCAACCUCCCCAGAGGGCCCAGGGGCUGCCCAACUGCCUCUGCCCUCCUGGGGGGGGGUCUCAGCCCACUGCUGACACUUCUGCAAUCCAGAGAAACACUAAAUAAAGCAAUAUGUGUUUGCCAA